CUCCUCGUUAAUCGAAGGCGUGAGUUUGGCGUGCGUUAAAAGCAAAAACAACAACAAAGGAGAAAAACAAAAUGAUUGCGCAAAGUGUAAUCGCGAAACUGCGUCCCUGUGCCCGUCGCCUGGCGACUGGCACCAAAGCGAUUAGCACUGCGCCCAAAUUCAACUGGCAGGAUCCUCUCAAUCUGGAGAGCCAGCUAACGGAAGAGGAGGUGUCGAUACGCGACGCCUUUCGCGGCUACUGCCAAUCGCAGCUGAUGCCGCGCGUCAUUGCCGCCAAUCGCUUGGAGCAGUUCGAUAAGAAGAUCAUGGAGGAGAUAGGCAGCCUGGGCGUUCUCGGCUGCACACUGCAGGGCUAUGGAUGCGCUGGCGUCUCCAAUGUUGCCUACGGUCUGCUGACCCGCGAAGUGGAACGCAUCGAUUCAGCCUACCGAUCAGCCGUCAGCGUGCAAAGCUCCCUGGCCAUGGGCGCCAUUUACGAUUAUGGAACCGAUCAGCAGAAGCAGAAAUAUUUGCCCAGCAUGGCGCAGGGCAAACUAAUAGGUGCAUUUGGAUUAACCGAACCUAAUCAUGGCAGCGAUCCGGCCGGCAUGGAGACUCGUGCCAAAUACGACAGCAAAACGAAGACAUACAUUUUGAAUGGAUCGAAGACUUGGAUAACGAGUGCACCCAUUGCCGACGUGAUUGUCGUGUGGGCCAAGGGCGAGGAUGGCAAAGUGCGUGGAUUUAUUGUGGACCGCCAAAUGUCCAGUAAGGGCCUAGCCACGCCCAAAAUUGAGGGUAAAUUCUCGCUGCGUGCAUCACCCACGGGCAUGAUCCACAUGGACGAUGUGCAUGUGCCCGAAGAGAAUCUGCUGCCAAAUGCGCUGGGCUUCAGCGGUCCGUUCAACUGCCUGAACAAUGCACGCUAUGGCAUUGCCUGGGGCGCCUUGGGUGCCGCCGAGGCCUGUGUGGAAACGGCGCGUCAAUAUACGCUGGAUCGUAAGCAAUUCGGACGACCACUGGCCGCCAAUCAGCUGAUACAAAAGAAGCUGGCGGAUGCGAUCACAGAGAUAGCGUUGGGCAUGCAAGCGUGCUUGCACGUGGGCCGACUCAAGGAUCAGAAACUGCACACGCCGGAAAUGAUCUCGCUGCUGAAGCGAAACAAUGCCGGCAAAGCGCUGGACAUUGCCCGCCAGAUGAGGGAUAUGCUGGGCGGCAAUGGCAUCAGCGAUGAGUACCAUGUCAUCAGGCAUGUCAUGAAUCUGGAAUCGGUCAACACCUACGAGGGCACUCAUGACAUUCAUGCCCUGAUCCUGGGACGUGCCAUUACCGGUCUGGCUGCAUUUGCCAAUUAAUUUGUUAUUUGUUGUUUUGUUGAUUCUGUCAUCGCUGGCAUUUAUGCAUAAUUUGCACUUUAUAAUUUUAGCUAGACAAAACUGAUUCGUUUUUAAGCAAGAAUGUUAAAUACUUUCUAGUAAAUUAAAUGGCGGUUUAUAUACGAAAAUUUA